AUGGUGCAGCGCAUGUGGGCCGAGUCGGCCGGGCCCGCGGGCGGCGCCGAGCCGCUGUUCCCGGGCUCCCGGCGAAGCCGCAGUGUGUGGGACGCGGUGCGCCUGGAGGUGGGCGUCCCCGACAGCUGCCCGGUGGUGCUACACAGCUUCACGCAGCUGGACCCAGAUCUGCCGCGCCUCGAGAGCUCCACGCAGGAGAUCGGUGAGGAGCUGGUCAAUGGGGUCAUCUACUCCAUCUCCCUGCGCAAGGUGCAGCUGCAUCAUGGGGCCAGCAAGGGCCAGCGCUGGCUCGGGGGUGAGAACGAGUCGGCGCUGAACCUCUAUGAGACCUGCAAGGUGCGCACCGUGAAGGCGGGCACCCUGGAGAAGCUGGUGGAGCACCUGGUGCCCGCCUUCCAGGGCAGCGACCUUUCCUAUGUCACCGUCUUCCUGUGCACCUACAGAGCCUUCACUACUACCCAGCAGGUGCUGGACCUGCUCUUCAAAAGGUACGGUAGAUGUGACGCCCUCACGGCCUCCCCUAGAUAUGGCUGCAUCCUGCCCUACUCCAGUGAGAACGGCGGGCCUCAGGAGCAACUUAAAAACGCCAUCUCCUCCAUCCUGGGGACCUGGCUGGACCAGUACUCGGAGGAUUUCUGCCAGCCUCCGGACUUUCCCUGCCUCAAGCAGCUGGUGGCUUAUGUGCAGCUCAACAUGCCUGGCUCGGACCUGGAGCGCCGUGCCCACCUUCUUCUGGCCCAGCUGGAGGACCUGGAGCCCAGCGAGGCUGAGCCCGAGGGCGAGGAGACCUGGGCUCUAGCAGCAGCUCCAGUGCUGGCUCUGAAACCAACUCCAGAGCUACAGCUAGAGCCAGCUCCAGAACCAGCCCUGGCACCCAGUCCAGUGACAGCACCAGCAUCCGCUCCAGAGCUGCAGUCCACAGCACCAGCCUCGGAGCUACAGGCAGCUCCAGCACCCGUUCUGGAUCAGGAGCCAGUUCCAGCACCAGCUCCAGAGCUUGAGCCCGUUGCAUCACCUGCUCCAGAACGGGAACCGGCCCUGUCACAGACUCUAGAGCCAGAGCCCACUUCAGCACCCGCGCUGUCAGUGGAACCUUGCUGGCCUUCGCCUGUGUCCACGGAGAAUGGGCUGAGCCAGGAGAAGCCUCACCUCUUAGCAUUCCCUCCUGACCUGGUGGCAGAGCAGUUCACGCUGAUGGAUGCGGAGCUGUUCAAGAAGGUGGUGCCCUACCACUGCCUGGGUUCCAUCUGGUCCCAGAGGGACAAGAAGGGCAAGGAGCACCUAGCACCCACUAUCCGUGCCACCGUCACCCAGUUCAACAAUGUGGCCAACUGUGUCAUCACUACCUGCCUUGGGGACCGGAGCAUGAAGGCCUCAGACAGGGCCCGGGUGGUGGAACACUGGGUCGAAGUGGCCAGGGAGUGCCGAGUCCUGAAGAACUUCUCCUCUCUCUACGCCAUCCUCUCUGCCCUGCAGAGCAACGCCAUCCACCGUCUGAAGAAGACGUGGGAGGAGGUCUCCAGGGACAGCUUCCGAAUAUUCCAGAAGCUAUCUGAGAUCUUCUCUGAUGAGAACAACUACUCCUUGAGCAGAGAGCUGCUCAUCAAGGAGGGGACCUCCAAGUUUGCUACCCUGGAGAUGAAUCCCAAGAGAACCCAGAGGCGGCCAAAGGAAUCGGGUAUCAUCCAGGGCACCGUCCCCUACCUGGGCACGUUUCUCACUGACCUGGUGAUGCUGGACACUGCCAUGAAGGAUUAUCUGUAUGGGAGGUUGAUCAACUUCGAGAAGAGAAGGAAGGAGUUUGAGGUCAUUGCGCAGAUCAAGCUGCUUCAGUCAGCCUGCAACAAUUACAGCAUCGCGCCCGCGGAGCACUUUGGGUCCUGGUUCCGGGCCAUGGAGCGGCUCAGUGAGGCCGAGAGCUACAGCCUGUCCUGUGAGCUGGAGCCCCCGUCUGAGUCUGCCAGCAACACCCUCAAGACCAAGAAGAGCACUGCCAUUGUGAAGCGCUGGAGCGACCGCCAGGCCCCCAGCACAGAGCUCAGCACCAGCAGCAGUUCCCACUCCAGGUCGUGUGACCAGCUCAGGUGUGGCUCCUACCUCAGCAGCGGGGACAUCACAGAUGCGCUCAGCGUGCACUCGGCCGGCUCCUCCAGCUCCGACGUGGAGGAGAUCAACAUGAGCUUCGUCCCAGAGUCCCCUGAUGGCCAGGAAAAGAAGUUCUGGGAGUCGGCCUCCCAGUCCUCCCCAGAGACUUCCGGCAUCAGCUCGGCCUCCAGCAGCACCUCCUCAUCGUCCGCCUGCACCACGCCCGUGGCCACCACUCGCACCCACAAGCGCUCCGUCUCAGGGGUCUGCAGCUACAGCUCCUCCCUGCCGCUCUACAACCAGCAGGUGGGCGACUGCUGCAUCGUCCGCGUCAGCCUGGACGUGGACAACGGCAACAUGUACAAGAGCAUCCUGGUGACCAGCCAGGAUAAGGCUCCCACUGUCAUUCGCAAGGCCCUGGACAAACACAACCUGGACGAGGAGGAGCCCGAUGACUACGAGCUGCUGCAGAUCAUCUCAGGGGACCGCAAACUAAAGAUCCCUGAAAACGCCAAUGUGUUCUACGCCAUGAACUCUACCGCCAACUAUGACUUUGUCCUGAAGAAGCGGACCUUCUCCAAGGGGGCAAAGGUCAAGCACGGAGCCAGCUCCACCCUCCCUCGCAUGAAGCAGAAAGGGCUCAGGAUUGCCAAGGGCAUCUUCUAAGGACAUCUCCCUAGGGUGGGCUGGCCAGUGGCUGAGCACAGAGACUAGAGUGGCUCAGGACAAGCAGCCCCCUUCUACCCACCUGCCAGCCCAGGCCACCCCCAGACUCCAGUUCACCUGAACCUCUCCUGCUGCCGGGAUUGACACCUGCCAGUUGACAGGCUGACCUGGCCUCCGUGGACCACCCGCUGCCUUAGGUGCCUUCUGCUCUCUGCGACAGAGGACUAGCUGACUUUGGCUAAGAAGCGCUGCCGGUGGGCAUGGUGCUCUGCCUGCCCCUGGCCACUGCCCUCUGUACAGUUCCUGACACCUUCUCAGGUGCAAGUCACUACCACCUGUGCCCGCGGGGACCCCAGGGCACCCCUCACCCAGCGGGUCUGACCUCUGCAGUUCUCUCCUGGUGCCUACAGGCACUCGCCUGUGACCAUCCUGGGGUCCCGGCCCCUCCUCCCACCACUCUAGCCUUUCUCAGGCUGCACCAAAGAGUCCACCUCCAGGGCCCACUGAGAGUCAGGGUGUCACCCACCACACACCCCGCCCGCCCUGGGAGCGGAGAGAGAAGCCCUCUCACGGGCCACACUCUUCCUGGCACGUGAGGACAGCUCCAUUGGUGUCGAAUCUCCUGCCACUGAAAGUGCCAUUCACCACCGCAUCCUGGGCUUUACAGACCACGUGAGACGGGGUUGGGGGGAAGGAGGGCUUGGGGGAGGGGGAGGGGUUGAAUAUUUGUAUAAAAAGCAAAAAGCAAAAAAAAAAGUUUACUGAUUGGGUUGGGGCAAUAUUUAUUUGUUGUAAAUAGAAAAUGCUAGACUUGAAUAUUAUAUUAAAAUUCUGUUUCUACUA